AACCAUUAACAGAACUUACAGUAAGGUGCAAUCUUUCAUACAACACAGAGAGAGAAGAGAAAAUUAUAAGAGCAAUGGCUGAAAAUGCAGUGACCCUUCUGGCCCUUCUAGCUGAAAAUUUGUUGACGUUACUGAAGGAGGAAGGAAAAACAUUAAGCGGGGUUCACAAAGAUGUUAAACAGAUCGAGAAUCUCGUAAAACAAAUCAAACCUUUCAUGAAGAAUGCAGAGGAGAAGGUACUGAUUGAAGAAAGCGUGAAAAAUUGGAUGAAUGGGUUGAGGGAAGUGAUGUUUCGCAUGGAGGAUGUGGUUGAUCUCUAUUUGUUCAAAGUGGCAAAACGUGAUGGAGUUCGUUAUGGAAUGACAAAGAAGAUCAAAAGUGUAAAACAUCGUCAUCGUAUAUCAUCUGAGAUUAAAGAUAUCAGACUAACCCUAGAUGACCUCUUAAUCAGUAUCAGCACAAGACUACAAGUCCUACCAUCUCAUGGAGACGCUCUUCCCAUUACAAUUCCAAGGCCUCAUUUUGUGAAGGAAUCUCAACUUGUUGGGAUUGAACAUAACAUGCAAAAGUUCAGAGAUUGGCUGGCAAAAGCUAAUAGUCCACUGUUGGUGGUGGUAGGCCCACCGGGGAUAGGUAAAACUUCAAUAGUGAAGAAUGUGUAUAACAAGCAAAGGAAAUUGAACCAGCCGAAGAGAAAGAAGGAUUUCGACUUUUGCGUAUGGAUAACCAUGACUCAAGCUGAUUCUUGGUACCCAAUAAUGCAAAUUAAAGAAGAAAUACUUAUGGCAGAUCCCAGUGGAUCAACUUCAUUGAGGAGUGCAACAAGGGAGAAUCUUACAGAAAAAUUGGGAGAAUACUUCAUAGAUAAGAGAUGCCUUAUCGUGUUAGAUGAUGUGAAGGAACUAAAAAUUUGGGACGUUAUCCAAUUUGCCAUACCUCAACAUCGGGUUAUUAUCACUACACAACGUGAUAAAUUUCCAAAUAAUAUUGGAAGUGAUACAUCUGUUGAAAAAAUCAAGUUAGAACCUUUGUCUUCAGAAGAUGCUUUGAAGCUCUUUCACCAGAAGGUUAAGCAUGUUCAAUUCCCUGAGUUAAGUCAAUUGUCCAAAGAAUUCAUGGAAAAAUGCAAUGGUGUGCCACUGGCCAUUCUGGCCAUUUCUAGUCUCCUUUCCACUAUGAAAUCUGCCAUUGAAUGGCGAAGGGUACGUGACGAUCUUGGUUCAUUAUUGCGAAGUCACCAUCAUCUUGAAAUGGUCCGACAUGUAUUGUUGCAAAGUUACCGAGAACUUCCUUAUCGCCUCAAACAAUGCUUCUUAUACUUUGGCCUUUUCCCUCAGGGCUAUUCCAUUAGUUGCAAGAGGCUUAUUCGCUUGUGGGUAGCAGAGGAUUUUGUAGAAGGAGAUACCCAGAACAAAUCAAUGGAGGAAUUUGGAGGUGAAUACAUGGCUGAACUAAUCUGUAGAGGUUUGGUUCAUGCUUCACGAGUUGAUUUUGAUGGAAUACCUAGAAGCUGUCAUGUGUAUAACCUCAUGCAUGAGAUCAUAGCUAGUAUUUGUAAAGACCAAAUGUUUUGUCAUGUAUUGGAAGAUGUAAGGACACCAGUGAACUCCAACAUGGAUUUCUUUCAUAGGCGUUUAUCAAUUAUAAAGAAGAAUGAUUCUGCUACUAUGGAAAGAGACCAAAACUGGGGAAAAGUUAGGUCUUGUUUUGUUUUCGAUGAUGCUAAGAAGUGGCAGGUGAACAACCAUUUUUUCUCUAGUUUUGAGUUUCUGAUUCGAUUAGACUUGUCUCAUGCAUGUCUAUCUGUUGAUGUUCUUCCUGAACAAGUUGGAAAUCUAUUGAACUUGAAAUACUUGAGCCUAAGGAACACCAACAUCAUGUCACUUCCGGAGUCCAUUGGAAACCUAGUGAAUCUGCAGACUCUAGACCUAAAACAAACUAAAUUGCAUGAAGUGAAGAUCGAUAAGCUUGUCAAGUUACGCCAUCUCCUAGCUUACUAUGUCAGUUAUCAAAGUUCAGAAUUUUACUGUUUAGAAGGACUAAGGUUAAGUGAAGGAGUUCAAAAUCUAGAAUCAUUGCAGAAUCUAUCAUAUUUAGAUGUAUCUGGUGGUAGAAUAGUAAAGGGACUGCAAAAGCUAACGAAGUUAAGGAAGCUGGGAAUUAUAAAGCUAGAAGCAAAACAUGGUGAAGCACUGUGCAUUUCUAUAGAGCACAUGAUCAAUCUAUGUUCUCUAAGCAUUGGGGCUUUGGGAAAACAAGGCAUGCUAAAGUUACAAUCUUUAAAACCUCCAUUGUCCCUUAAACGCCUUUACCUAUAUGGGCGUUUAGGAGAACUUCCAACAUGGAUAUCAACUCUUCCAAAUCUUAUCAGAUUGUACUUGAAGUGGUCUGAUCUAAAGCAAGAUCCAUUACAUUACCUUAAGGACCUGCCACAAUUGUUGCACCUUGAGUUGUUUUGUACUUAG